AUGACCGAGGACUUUGAGUCACUGCCUCCAGCAGUGCGAAGAAAGUUCUUCUCGAAUGUUGAGCGUUUGCGCAUUCGGUUAGCCCAGAGCGAUCAUUCCUCUACCUACUCCACGUCGAACUACCAGACGGAGAAUCGGGUCUAUCGAGCCCCUCGUCUGGGAGACUCGCAACGUCUACGAAAUUCGAGGAAGCGAGGGCUCAAACAUUCCCAAAAAUUACGCAAACCCGGUUCUCUUCAAUUGACCUAUCUGGCCGCCCAGGCGGACUCUCAAUACUUCCAUUCUCUUCCCGCCAAGAUUCAACAAAAGCUCUUCUCUCCCGAAGAACGUCGACGCUUGAGGAACGCUUAUCGACAAAGUCUGAUUUACGACGCUGCCGACGAAGCUUACCGUCGAGAUUCGAACCGCGAUCCCGGUCCAGAGUCUGAGACCUGUCGCCCUUCCACAAGUCACUACUCCCGGCCAACUGUGCCUGUUCAGCCAUCGACCGUGUUUUAUUCAGACUCCGAGUCGGACGAAGACCCAAAUAUGGAUCAAACAUUCCACGACAGUUUCCGGUGGCUCGAUGACGAUGGCGAUCUCGACUUAUCUCUCGAUGAAUAUCAUGCUCAUGUGGCAGAUGCUGCUACCAGAAAGAGAUCUCGUCCCUCUUUCCGUCGCUCCUUAUCAUUUUCCAACCAACUGCGCAAAACGUUAGAGAUUACACCCAUUUCACCACGGGGACUCCCGCCUGUCAGCCGCUCCCAGCCUCUCACUCCUCUCUCCAACCCAACCUCCAAUUCGCGCCCGUCCUCCCGCCGAUUUCAACAUGUGCCCAAAUCAUCCACCUCGAGCAUCGACCCCUGUGCGCAAUACUACCAAGACCCCGAUGCCCGUUUGAAAUUGCGCGUGUACCUGGCAUCCCCACAAAAAUUCGACGAAGCCAUUGAAUUUGGGUUUCCCUCGCUAGAUCAAGAUAAGGAGAAUAUCGGCCCAGAACCCAUUUCACCUCAAUUAGUCUCGCCCAGCUUGACCUCCUCACCGAAGCCAACCUUGGUCAACUCGGACUUUGGCACCUUUUUCGAAGAUGAUGAUGGUACCAUGGUGGGGAGUCCAGGGGGUUCGGUAGACAAUGAACCAAUCCCUUCUCCCGUGCUCAGCCAGCGGGACGCGCCCCGACCCUCCGUGGAAUCUUCGGCCCUUUUGCAGCGCCAAUCCUGGCUGCCUGGGACCAAGGGGGUCCCACAACGACUUCCGGGAAACCGUGAAAUGACUCUCAAAAUGACACUCACUCGACCUGACCUCCGCACCGACUCUCCCACCCCUCCUGCUUCCAAAGAAAGAGAAGAUCCCUUGCGACUAGCUGCUCUUCCCCCUGCGGAUCGCAGUCAGUCGAUCUGGGACUCGAACAUGGACGAGCAAGGUAUGGUGAGGAAGAUGUGGCGCAAGCUCCGACGCCGAGUUUGA